UCACUCUGAAAUAAGGCCGACCUCUCCUCCUUGGGUGAAGGUUCAAUGCGGUGACACCUUCUCGUUAGCUGACUGUUGUAACGCGUAGUUAAACCUCCCAGCGACAAUGUCUGGCCGUGUCCUCGUUGGAGUUAAGCGAGUCAUUGACUAUGCCGUUAAGAUUCGAGUGAAGCCGGACAACAGCGGCGUGGUGACGGAUGGCGUUAAGCACUCGAUGAACCCCUUCUGUGAGAUCGCGGUGGAGGAGGCGGUCAAGCUGAAGGAGAAGAAGUUCAUCAAGGAGGUCGUGGCUGUGAGCUGCGGGCCACAGCAAGCGCAGGAGACCAUCCGUACUGCCCUCGCAAUGGGAGCAGAUCGUGGAAUUCAUGUGGAAGUGACUGGGAAAGACUAUGACACGCUGGGACCCCUGCAGGUCUCAAAGAUAUUUGCUGCGCUGGCCAAGAAGGAGGACGCUCAACUCGUCAUCCUGGGCAAACAGGCCAUCGACGAUGACUGCAAUCAGACCGGCCAGAUGACCGCCGCCUUGCUGGACUGGCCACAGGGUACUUUCGCAUCAGAGGUGUCAUUGGAAGGAGACAAGGUUAAAGUGGUGAGAGAAAUUGAUGGCGGCCUGGAAACCAUUAAGAUCGACACACCAGCAGUGCUCACGGCAGACCUUCGACUCAACACCCCCAGAUACGCCACACUGCCUAAUAUCAUGAAAGCCAAGAAGAAGAAGAUCGCUCAAGUGAAGCCUGCCGACUUGGGCGUGGAUAUCACGUCCCGGUUGGAGGUGUUGAGAGUGGAUGAGCCCCCACAGAGGCUGGCGGGGGUGAAGGUGGAGACUGUUGAUGACCUAGUGAGCAGACUGAAGGAGUCGGGGACGAUAUAGUCUUUAGGAGCGCGAGCAGGGGAGCACGCCACUCGGAAGAAGGAACUCUCUCAUGAACAACGGCACUGUGCUGCACAAGCGCAGCCGGAGGCCUUGCUCGUGUUCUUCUAACCCUUCUGCUCUUGACACUGACUCCCGAGGACACGCGGGGAGGCACCGGGACACACCGUCCUGCGGCCCGAAGAGGAUCACUUCGUCUUUUGUGUCCCUUGUAACUCUCAUUCAUUCACGGGCAAAUAAUUUGACUUUACCCGAGCUGUCUUUGUGCAACAAUCGAGACCAAGGCCAGUUUGUUUCACCCUGUGUGAUACCACGACGAUGCAUCUCAUCAACGGUCCGUUUUCAUCUGGUGCAUCUGUAAAUGGUUUAUGUAGAUAUAGACCCAACCAAGUAGAGAUGACCGUAUCUCUCAAGAUUAGUGUUGUGCGGUGAUUUGUAUAGUUUGUGUAAAUGUAAGCGGGUUUCAGGACUCGGCAGACAGUGUCACUUGGUACAAGCAGGAGGGGAGUGAUCCGACUUUUACCGUAAGCGCCUCAAUUCUGUGUGGAUCUUACAGAACAUGACAAUAAAGCAGUCUUUUUAAUAUCUCA